AUGCUUACCAACCUCAUCACCCGUCUAUUCCGCGACAGCGACUCCUCAAACGAGGACGACAGCGAUCCGGGCUUCACUGCUUUCAUGGAGACGCUACAUGCCCGCCGCGCAGCGCAGGAGUGGUAUGCGCCCGGACCAGAGGGAGAUCUAUAUCGCCAGAGAUGCCGCGAUGAGGAGAUGAUGCGCAUGGAGUCAAGGAAUUAUGGGUUUAUUGUCAAGAUGGAUACUACUUCUUCAUCUGCUAGCUCGGCUUCACAAACAAGUAUUGCAAGCUCGAAUGAGGAGGUUGAGAGGAGGAGUAGCAGCAGCAGGCCGAGAAGCCUGUCGAAGCGAUGGAAGCCCUCGAAGCUUCUCAGGAAGCGCUAUCAUAAGCCUUUGAAUUGA